AUGCGUGGAUUGAGGCAAAGAGAUCCUUAUCACCAUACAUGUUACCUCUCCCAGCUACUCCAUGUACGUCCGAUGGAACAAGAAAUUAACUACCAUCCGAUGUGCCAUCUUCACAAGAUAACACAUAUGAUAUUUGCCGAUGAUUUAAUGGUCCUUUCUCGAAGAGAUGUGGAAUCGGUUCGUAUCCUCACCAAGAUGGUCUACGAAUUUGGGCAGGUUUUGGGGAUCAAGGCAACUCAUAUAAAGUCUAAUAUUUUCUUAGCAGGCGUCAAACCGGGGGACCGAUUAAAUACUGAAAACGAGUUUCACUUUGCCACGGGAGUGUUCCCGUAUCGAUACCUUGGAAUUCCACUUGUUGUAUCCAAGUUACGAGUGCUGAACUAUCAACCACUACUCGAUAAAAUCGAACAAGCCAUAGGAGCGUGGACUUGCCAAACUCUCUCAUACCCCAGCCGAUUGGAGAUUUUGAAAACAGUGGUUCAAGGGACGUGUUGCUACUGA